GUGGUCACCAUUGAACCCGGCUACUACCUUCCCGGCAAGUAUGGAAUUCGGCUGGAGAAUGUGAAUGUGAUCGUUGAAGCACCAGCGUCUGCGGCCGCCACUGUCCCCGCUACGACCUACUUGGCCUUUGAACCAAUAACCUUGGUGCCAUUCCAGCGCAAACUUAUUGCAGUUGAACGGCUGACGUCAGCAGAAAUCGAAUGGCUAGAUGCCUAUCACGGUCUGGUCAGGAGAGAGCUGAUAGCUCGCAUUGCUCAGGAUGCCGGUGGUGAUGGUCAUUUAAGUCCGGCUCGUCAGAGAACACGUGACUGGCUUCUGCGGCAGACAGAACCAAUCAGGGCAUCCGCGUGA